UUUAGGACUGUCAGUGUUUGUCGAACAUCAGUAGAUUUGCAUUGGGUGAGUUGGAGAGUCUGACUUCGUGAGCAGUUCCGGGUUCUCUCCAAACCUUCAGCUGGCUAUAUUUUAAGAAGUGAGCUCGCUAAAUUUUAACGGUAGUUGGGGCGUCCUUCUCCGGAUUCUUUAAACAAUGGCGCUUCUCAUGGAGCACCAAUUCAGACAGCUCCCCGCCGAUAAGCAAGUGGAGACCAGGCCCUUUCUGGAGUCGGUGUCGUACCUUCCGCCAUUCUUUGACUGCCUGGGCUCCACGGUCUUCGCUCCGGUCAAAGCGGACAUUGCUGGAAACAUCACGAAAAUCAAAGCAGUGUACGACAGUAACCCGUCCAGGUUUAAGACCCUGCAGCAGAUCCUGGAGGCGGAGAAGGAGAUGUACGGCUCUGAUUGGCCCAAAGUAGGAGCCACCCUGGCGCUUAUGUGGCUCAAAAGGGGUCUCCGGUUCAUCCAGGUCCUGCUGCAGAGCCUCGUGGACGGCGAGAGGGACGACAGCAACCCCAAUCUCAUCCGCGUCAACAUCACCAAGGCGUACGAGCUGGCGCUGAAGAAGUACCACGGGUGGCUGGUCCAGCAGCUCUUCAAGGCGGCGCUGUACGCGGCCCCCUACCGGUCGGACUUUAUCAAGGCUCUGGCCAAAGGGCGGGAAGUGAAGGAGGAGGACUGCUUGGAGAAGGUCCGGCAGUUUCUGGUCAAUUACACGGUCACGGUGGACGCCAUCUAUGAAAUGUACAACAAAAUGAACGCUGAGCUGGACUACAAAGUGUGACCCCACCCGUCCCGUCCCGCCCCGCCCCGUCCCGGUCCUCACGACCUGUUUCACUGUCUGACCAAAGCCUUUAGCCCCCG